GAACUCCUCAUUACAGAUUAUUAUUAGUCAUUCUUACUAUUCUUUCAAUUAUUAAUAACAAAAUUUCACAGGAUUAAUAACUUUCAUUAAAAAAAAAUGACUACAGGAACGUCAGCAACAACAGGAGAGAAGGAAUCAUGAAACACUAUCCGUGGAUUAUCUUAUUUCAAACAAUUUAUUCAGUUAUCAAUUUGUUUACAAGCAAAUUUCUAUGAUCUUGAAUUCAACCAGCACAUGAAUAUAUGUAUGUAUUAAUGAUCUAAAAGUUUACAUAAUAAAAAAAGUUAUUAAGGCUAGCAAACUAUUAGAGUCUUCUCUAUUAUGGAAUUGAAAGUGUUGAAACCAUAAUAACUUCGCCUUUAGGAGAUUUAAAAUUUAGUUAUUUCAAAAUGUCAUUCUGUUAUCUUGGAGAUUAGUGUAAAGUUUUGCCGUUAUGUAAAAUGGUUUAACAAAUAGAAAACGAUGGUUGAUCAUAGAGGUCAUGAAAUGCAUAAGUCAAAUCAGAGUAACAUUAGUACAAGUGUCACAAGUCAAGUUAAUGAUAUAUCAGUUUCAAAUACAGUCAGUAUAGGUAACAAUAAUAUAUCGACUGAUAGGUUUCGGGAUGAUAAUCUCGAAGAGGAUGAAACAGAUGAAGCAGAGGAAACAAUCAAGGUGGAAAAUGUGAAUAAUGAGGAAAAUCGUAUUACUCAUAAUUAUAAUAAUCAAACAACUGAUAUAGUAAAAAUGAAAAGUAAUCUUUCAAAUUAUACAAAUCAAAAUGAUCAUAGUAAAUCUCAAAAUUAUGAUGAAUUUGAUUUAAAAAGUGGAAUAAUCUAUCAAAAAUUAGAUUCUUUCAAAAAACCAUACACACACACAAUCACAACAACAACUACUAACAUUACUACUAAUACUAUUACUACUGUAACCACUACCAAUUCAACUAUACCAUUAACUGUUAAAUUAAAUAUUCAUAAAGAGAAUGAAAAUAAUUUAGAAAUGUCCAAAGAUGAAACAAUGCGUAAUUUAGCUAGACGUACACUAGCCAUUGGUAUACCUGGAUUACAUCUAUCCAAUCAUAAAACAUUAUUUAUAUUCUCUGAAGAGAAUGCAAUUAGAAAAUAUUCAAAAAUUAUCAUUGAAUGGGGGCCAUUCGAGUAUAUGGUUCUCUCAACUAUUUUAGCCAAUUGUAUAGUUCUAGCUAUGGAAAUGCAUUUACCAUCUAAUGAUAAAACAGCCUUGUCAGAAAAACUGGAACAAACUGAAACAUAUUUUUUAAUUAUUUUCUGUGUGGAAGCUUUAUUAAAAAUUGUUGCAUUGGGUUUUGCAUUUCAUCGUAAGGCUUAUUUAAGAAAUGUAUGGAAUAUAAUGGACUUUAUUGUGGUAGUUACAGGUCUCUUAGCUUACAUUCUCCCCAACUUAAAUCAACCAGCUGUACGUGCAUUACGUGUAUUGCGACCACUUAAAUUAGUAACUGGUUUUGAAAGUUUACAAAUUGUACUCAAAUCUAUCAUUAGAGCUAUGGCUCCAUUACUUCAAAUUAGUUUAUUAGUAUUAUUUGCUAUAAUUAUAUUUGCAAUAAUUGGCUUGGAAUUCUAUUCAGGUGGAUUUCAUAUGACAUGCUUUGAUUUAUAUAAUCCAGACUACUUACCAAUUUCUUUACCGAAUCGACCAACAUUAGCACCAUGCAGUCUUUCAAAUGGUUCAGCAACUAGUACAGGUUCUUUACCACAUGGAGCAUUUGUAUGCCCACCAAAUUAUAUAUGUAAAGGUUAUUGGGAAGGACCAAAUUAUGGUAUAACUAGUUUUGAUAAUAUUGGUUACGCUAUGCUUACUGUAUUUCAAUGUAUCACUAUGGAAGGUUGGACGGAAAUAAUGUAUUCAACAAAUGAUGCAUUUGGUGAUCGUUUCAAUUAUCUAUAUUUUGUUCCACUUAUAAUACUUGGAUCAUUUUUUAUGUUAAAUCUAGUACUUGGUGUUCUAAGUGGUGAAUUUGCCAAAGAAAGAGAACGUGUAGAAAAACGUCGUGCAUUUUUAAAACUACGUCGUCAACAACAAACUGAAAAAGAAUUUAGUGGAUAUAUGGAUUGGAUUCAAAAAGCUGAAGAGGUAAUUUUGGCUGAAGAUACUACUACAGCAGAUGAACGGAUGCGUAUUAUAUCAGCUCGUCGAAGAGCGGCUAAACAACGACUUAAACAGACUGGUAAAGAUGCAUCAUUCAAUGACUCGAAUUUUGAGGAUUCGGUAUUAUUCGCAGAAUCUAAAUCACAUUCAUCUUAUGGUGAUCUACUAAGACGUCGAAAAGAGAGAUGUCAGGGAUGUUGGAGAAGAGAAAAACGAAUUCGGUAUGCUAUAAGGAGAAUGGUAAAAAGUCAACCAUUUUAUUGGGUUGUAAUUAUACUUGUAUUUUUGAAUACCGUAUGCGGUGCUAUUGAACAUCAUGGUCAACCAGUAUGGCUUUCCACAUUUUUAUAUUAUGCAGAAUUUGUUUUCCUCGGUUUAUUUAUCAUUGAAAUGUUAUUAAAAGUAUAUGGAUUGAAUAUACGAAUCUACUUUGAAUCUUCAUUCAAUAUCUUUGACUGUGUGGUCAUUAUAGGAAGUUUAUUUGAAAUAAUUUGGGGAUUCUUUCAUCCUGAUGCAUCAUUUGGUAUCAGUGUUUUACGUGCAUUGAGACUUUUACGAAUUUUCAAAGUAACCAGGUAUUGGGCUUCAUUACGUAAUUUGGUACUUUCAUUAUUGAACUCAAUGAGAAGUAUUAUUUCGUUAUUAUUCCUAUUAUUUCUUUUCAUCCUAAUAUUUGCAUUACUUGGAAUGCAAUUAUUUGGCGGAGAUUUCAAUUUUGAUGAAGGAAGACCAACACAAAAUUUCGAUACCUUUGUUAAAGCCUUGCUAACGGUAUUUCAAAUAUUAACUGGUGAAGAUUGGAAUACAGUUAUGUAUAAUGGGAUAAGAGCACAAGGUGGUGUUACUAGUGGUGGUGCAAUUUACAGUGUAUAUUUUGUUUUAGUUAUGGUAUUUGGAAAUUAUACACUAUUAAAUGUAUUUCUCGCUAUUGCUGUGGAUAAUUUGGCAAAUGCUCAAGAAUUGACCGAAGCUGAAGAAGAACAGGCCAAAUUACAAGAAGAAAGUCAUUUAGCUGAAGAAUCAGCUGAAAUGCGAUCCGCUACUGAUGCCAAAAAUAAUUCUAACAAUAAUAAUAAUAAUAACAAUAACGGCGAUGUCAAAAAUACACAAACAGGAAAAUUGGUGAAUAAUUAUCACAAAUCUAAUAUUCAUGAUACAGAGAAUAGUCCAAAUACAAUACAAGGAAAUGCAAAUGAAAUGAAUAAAAAUAGAACCGGUGUACAAAAGGACAAUUUCAUGUUUCGUCACAUGACCAAUUUAAAUUUUACAUCGCUUGAAAGUGAUGAUACAGCAAGAUUACAAGGUUCUAUACAAAUUCAAGGAAAACCUGUUCUACCGUAUAGUUCAAUGUUUAUUUUUGCACCAACUAAUGCAAUACGACGAUUUUGUCAUUUCGUAGUCAAUUUACGCUAUUUUGAUUUAUUUAUCAUGAUUGUAAUUUGUGCAAGUAGUAUUGCUUUAGCCGCUGAAGAUCCAAUCUCUGAACAGUCAAAACGUAAUACAAUAUUAGAACACUUUGAUUACGCAUUUACUGGUGUAUUCACAAUUGAAUUAAUUUUAAAAGUAAGUUGAAUCAAAUGUUGGUUUUAAUAUAGAGGUUGAAAAGCU